AUGGAGCACCUGGAAAACCACACCGCGGACCCCCAGCCCCUCCUGCUGCACGCGCAGAGCCCCGUAGACUCCCGGGCUGACAGAGGCGACGGGGACGCGUACCUCUACAUCCUGAUUGUAAUGUCUUUCUACGCCGUGUUCGUCUGCGGCAUCAUGCUGGGCUACUUCCGCUCCAAGAGGAAGGAGAAACAGAGGGUCAACGUCUUCACGCGCCUCGUGCACGAGCUGGAGCAGCGGGAAUGGGGCGCCCUGCCCACCAAGAAGCACAGCUUCUCCUCCCCCACAGCGCAGGUGUCCCUGCUCUGCGGUAACCACGGCAACCACUUCGGACAUCCCCGGUUCGAGGGACCGCUGCUGCCUCCGUUGGCGUGCGCGCUGUGCACGGAGCAGAGCAGCGUCAGCUCCCUGUGCUCCUCCGCGGACACGCGCGUCACCAUCGAGGAGGAGGCUGAUGGGAGCGCGGGGGAGGAGCAGGAGGAGAGGGGGGCCCAGCCCGACCCGAACGGAGACGACUCGGCUGAUCUGUCUCCUCCAGAAUGA